AACAUAAUCCCCUAUCAUUAUUAGAAAUAAAAACUGAGGACUAAUUUGAGAUAUAAGAUUAGUACAGAUAAGUAUUUAACUAUACUUAAAUCUUAGUCCGAUAAAAAGUGUUAUUCAUUUAUCUAAGCAAUGUGGUAAAUCCGUCUUGUAUACAUUAUUCCAAUAUUUUUUAAAAUAUAAAAUCUUCAUUUUUUAUUAAUAAUAUGGUUAUUCUUUACAAAUUCAACAAUAUAAUAUCUAUAUGUACGUUGGCAUGAUUGUUGUCACUGUUAUGAUUUAAAUUUAAUGUAAUUAUUUUUCUAUUUAAGCGAUUAAGAUUAAACUUAUUUAAAAUAUUUUGUUUAAAUUUGAGAGUAAUCCAAAACCAAAUUUUUAUAAUUUUAAUAAAUGUUAUACAUUUGAUUUGAUUAAUUAUUAUUAAUAAUAUCGACGAUUAUACACUCAACUUUAACAUUUAAGUUUUCUGUUAACUAAAAACAUAAUUACCAUGACUGAAAAUAUACCAUCUGCUGCUAAACAUUGUUUGAGUAGUUGUAUGAACAUUCUUAAGAAACUCCCACCAGAAGCUCAAAAACAUAUAAGCCGAUAUUAUGAUGUAGAUUUUCGUCAUAGACAAAUUUUAAAUGAGUUAACUAAAUUGGUAAAAAAUAGAAAUCAUUUAAAUUCUUAUAAUGGAAGAAUAAUGAAACAAAUUUUAAGAAAUUCCUUAGAAUUAGCAGAUCAAAAAGUUGAUAUUUCUGAACAGUUGUAUUACAUAGUUGAUGAUCACAAGUUUAAAUUGGGUUUACAUCUAAGAGAUCUUGAAAUGACUCAAGUAUAUCAAUGUUCACCUAGAAAAUUGCCUAAAAGAAUGUUGAAAUGGGUACCUAAUUAUAAAGAAAUUGAUUCAGAUUCAAUUGAUGAAGUUUUGAAAAUUAAUUAUUCUAAUAAACAUUGUAUCGAAAAAGAAAAAACUGUAAAAAUAAAAAAUUGUCAAAAUCCUGAGAUUAAUAAUAAUAGCAAUGAAAUUAUUCCUGCUAUUGAUUCUGGAGUUACGGAAACAAUUCAUAGUCCGAGUACAAUUAAAAAGAAAAAGAAAAAAUCAAUGAAAAAUAAUAAAGGUAAAAGAAAAAUAUCUGAAAGCUCUGGUAGUGAAUCUGAAAUACAACCUACAUACUGUAUAUGUGAACAGAUUUCUUUUGGGCAUAUGGUUUGUUGUGAUAAUGAUCUUUGUCCAAUUGAAUGGUUUCAUUUUAGCUGUGUAUCUCUUAAUAAAAAGCCCAAAGGUAAAUGGUACUGUCCAAAAUGUAGGGGGUCUAAUUCUAAAAUGAUGAAAUCUAGAAAGUUGUUUUUCAAAGAAUUGGAAGAAUACAAUAAACGUAAAGAAGAAGACUGGUAGGUAAAUCUGCAUAGUUCUAACACAUCCUAAUUUAUUUAUAUAAUUUAAAAAGUAGCAAUGUGUAUUCAAGUGCAAUAUAAACCUAUUUUCAUUAAGAGCAUACCUUUUUUAUUAGUUUUCAUUUUAGUUGUUGUAUACUUUUUUUUUUAACCUAAAAUGUCUUAUUAUUUUUUAUUUGAUAUUUAUAUUUUCAAACUUUAAACUAUCUAAAUGUUUUCUGUUAAAAGACUAGUUAUUUAUUUUAAAUUACUUAACAAAUGUUUUCAAAACUCAGAUAUACAUACACAUAUUUAUAACUAUCUUAAUUAUAAGACUUUUUGAACUAAAUUUUAGCUUAUAUAUUUUUUAAAUCUUAUUUAUAGAAGCAUAGGAUUUAUCUUUUUAUUAACUCAACCACUCUUUAUUCUUUUUUUAAAAUAAAUUAUCUAGUAUUACUUUGAUUAGAUUUAUGUUACAUUGAUAAAUUUCUCCAUGUACUCAUGUC